AUGGUUGCCCCUACCGUCAAGCUGAGCAAUGGCUUUGAAAUGCCCCUCGUGGGUUUUGGUCUCUGGAAGGUCAACAACGAUACUUGUGCCGACCAGAUCUACAACGCCAUCAAGGCUGGCUACCGCCUGUUCGACGGCGCCUGCGACUACGGCAAUGAGGUCGAAGCCGGCCAGGGCGUGGCUCGUGCCAUCAAGGACGGUCUCGUCAAGCGCGAGGAGCUCUUCAUCGUCUCCAAGCUCUGGAACAGCUUCCACGAAGCCGAUAAGGUCGAGCCCAUCGCGCGCAAGCAGCUCGCCGACUGGGGCGUCGAUUAUUUCGACCUGUACAUCGUUCACUUCCCCAUCGCUCUGAAGUACCUGGAUCCCUCCGUGCGAUACCCUCCCAGCUGGACGACCGCCGAAGGCAAGAUCGAGCUCGCCAACGCACCCAUCCACGAGACAUGGGGCGCUAUGGAAAGCCUAGUUGACAAGAAGCUGGCCCGCAGCAUCGGCGUCAGCAACUUCAGCGCCCAGCUGUUAAUGGAUCUGCUGCGCUAUGCCCGUGUGCGCCCCGCAACACUGCAGAUCGAGCACCACCCUUACCUCACGCAGACUCGUCUGGUGAACUAUGCUCAGGAGCAGGGCAUUGCUGUGACUGCUUACUCUUCUUUCGGUCCUCUGAGUUUCCUUGAGCUUGAUCUUAAGCAUGCUAAGGAUACCCCGCUGCUCUUUGAGCAUGCGACGAUCAACUCCAUUGCAGAGAAGCAUGGACGCACCCCGGCUCAGGUCCUGCUUCGUUGGUCUACACAGCGCAAGAUCGCUGUUAUCCCCAAGAGCAAUGAUCCCACUCGUCUGGCGCAGAACUUGCAGGUCACUGACUUUGACCUGGAGACCAGUGAGCUUGAGGCUAUUAGUGCUUUGAACAAGGAUCUUCGCUUCAAUGACCCCAUGGCUUACGGCCUCGGCAUCCCCAUUUUCUAA